GUGUGAUGAGGAUGCACACGACCCCGCCCUCGAUGCCUCACAACAGGAAAUCACGUCAAUGCUCUUUGACGCCUCUUGGCAAGACCCUUCUGCGCUUCUUCUUUGGCUCCGUGAGAUUGAAGACGUCCUCGGAGAGGAGGAGGCGCAGAGGCAGCUCCGACUGCUGGAAAACCCCUACGGAUUGACAUCGCGGGGAGCUCCACCGCAGCAUCAGGUUCUGCCAGCUGGCUCUGGCGCAGAAGAGACGCAGCCGCCGUCUCUUCCGGCAGUUGCCCUGGCUAUCAAGCCCGAGUGGUGUGAAAAGAUUCUCCACCAUGGUAAGCGCUGGGAAGUUCGUGGUAGCCCAUGCAAGAAACAUCUGGGCCGGACGGUGGCCAUCGCGCAGACUGGUUCGCAGCUUCUGGUUGGCCAAGCAGUGAUUCGAGAGAGUAAGCCGAUCAGUCGACGAGAGCUGGAGGCCAACCGACACCUGCACCUGAUCGAGAACACGGAGGCUGUGAGGUACAAGCAGCCGCAUGCCUGGGUGUUGGACGAGGUUCGCGCUUAUGAACGUCCGAUCAAGUAUCACCACGUCAAUGGUUGCGUCAACUGGAUCCCUUUGGUCCGAGGAGAUAAGGAUCGCAGGAGGGCAAAGAGCAGACGACAGAAGGCUGGCAACAAAAGGCGUCGGUGCCGCAAUCCGCAGUGUCGAUUCAGUCUCAGCGGAGAUGGCCAGGGCGGGCCUCCGCACCAGGCCCGAGGAGGCCAUGCGUCUUUCGAGUACUGCAUCUUCUGCUCGCCGGAGGCUCUGCAAUCGGCGCUGAACCAGCGAAACGGUCGGUGCAUUCACCGCCUGCUGACGCGCCUGGCCAAGAUGGACGCCGAGCUUCACCAGGCAGCACUUGGACAGAUCGAGCGAAUGAAAGGCCCUCAAGUAGCUGCUCGCUUCUGUUCCAGAGCCUCGGCUGGAAAGGGCGCUCGGAGAGCUUUGGAAGGGAAGCUGACGCCAGAGGUAGUGGAAGCAUUGCGGCCCUUCGACAUCCACACGGGAGGGACGUUCCGUGCGCCCAACGGGUACCUCCUCCACGCCGACAUGCUCCGGUUCUCAUUCAAGAGGUCAUCCGUGCAAACUAACCUGGCCCGGCUGCCAUCGAAGAAACGCCGACGGGGUGAGCGUGCCUUGCACUACCUGCUGCAGUCGGAGAACUCGUCCUACGUCCGCUUCUGGCAGCUGCACGAGCGCUUCCUUCAGCAGAGAGCCCGCGCAAUCGAAAGAGGCGAGACGUGGGCAGAAGCACCUGUCAAGCGAUUGCCUGCGAACUUCAUCGAGACCAUCGGACUUGAGUGUGCUUUAUGGCCCCAUCUCUACUGGAGCACGGCCAUGACAGAAACCUGCGUCCGCUCUCAAGAUGCCCGCAGGCUAGAGCGCCAGCGUCGAGAGAUGCCGGACAUGGAUGAGGCUGACCUCGACGGCCCCGCGCAUGAGGGGCCGAGAUCCUCGCGACAGAGCGCCAAGGCAGGUUUUUUGGCAAAGGCUCAUUCAGCGCUUGUUGGGUACAAUUCCGACGGCCAGCUGCUGCAGUUCGUGUACGACCUGUGGCUGUUCACUACGGUCGGCGGCGCCAAGAACAGUGCAGGAACAGGGAUACGGGAGGCCCUAGCAUCCAAGCCCUACUCUCCAGAGGUAUGGCGUACAUACCACAUGGCACUGGUAGACGCGCAGCGCCAAUUGGGCUGGCCAAGCCUGUUCCUGACAAUUGCACCAUACGAAUGGUCUUUUCCGUAUCACCGCUGGCUCGAGGACGAGCUCGUGAAGAGCCUCUGCGACAGGCUGCACAUGCCAGUGGCCGAAACCCUACACAUCGCGCAUGUUCUGAGCCAGGCUGUGAAGGGCCUCCUGACAGGUGCCAAUGAAGGGUUGCAAGCAAAGCGGGAGCACGUCUUUGCGGACGGGAAGCGCAAACGAGGAGUAUUUCGAGAGGCGCAGUUCUACCACGGGCGUGGAACCAUGCAUGCACACAUUCUCCUCUGGCUCGAAGGAAGCCAAAGCAUGGAUCUGCCAUCCAAGAUUCGCGCAGACAUCCCUGCAAAGGAAACAGAAGAGGAAAUGAGAGAUCUAGUCAUAGGUUCGCAGUUGGACUGGACAUCCAGCGGUUGGCCCUGCCGCGAAGAUGAGACUCGGACCUCUGAGUCGGACCAGACACUGCAACUACAUCACCCCAGAGAGGCCUUUGACCGGUGCUGCCGAGCAUAUCUUCCUGACGUCCUGGCUGCGCUGCACUGCCACACGGACGUCUUAGCCUCCGAUGGCCGGGCUAUGGUGCUGAAGUACUGCGCCAGCUCCUGGGCCAAAUACAGUUAUCUUCCCAAGUUCAGCAGCUCCUUCGCGCAGGAAAUGCUGAACAAUGAGGCCAGUGACUUUUCGCUAGCCCGACGCAUCCUGUCCGACUACCAUCCACUGCAACCCGAAAUGGUCAUGCAGCUGGCUGCUCAGCAGCAUCCGCAGUUUCUCUGCCCGGGCAUCGUGAGAAAGUUCGUUGUGCCCGUGCCUUGGGAGAAGGAAAUGCCGCAGAUUGCACGGAGCUAUAUGUCCAGUGCAUGGCGAAGAGAUGGUAUGAGCCUCAUGCAAUUUCUACGGAAGUCUGGCACUGAUGGUCAAAUAUCCCAGAGAUAUCGACGCAGGCACAGCUGCCACAGAAUCUGCACGCCUCACACCGAGUGGAUAAACACAUGUCCCGCGGACGGUAGCACUCUGGUGGCGACCGUUAUGUACAGCCGCAUCAAUGACCGGUUUUAUGGCCAAUGGCUGCUUCUGCAUGUGCCCUUUCGGAGCUUGGAUGACUUGUGGAAACCAGAAGCAGCUGCCUUACCUGAGAGUUUGCGAUUCCUGGGGCUCUGCCUCUUGCAUCGGCCCAGUGUCUGGCGCAAUCCUGCGUGCGUGGCGCAAGAGAUGGAGCAAGAGGCCAAGACGGAGCUGCACAUCCAGAACUCGUUGGCUGCCUUGGCUGCCCAGACAGAAUUGGUUGAUGCCUACCUCUCGGGCGAAAUGACGGUGGAUGAGGUUCCCAAUCCGCCGCUCCAUGGGGUCGCACAGGCGCCAGGCGGCAUCAUCGAGUUGUCCGCGGAGCAGUCUCGAGUCGUUCAAAUUCUGAGCAGGCGGGCGCACGACGCGACACAAGCGCGGUGGCCUGACGACAAUUCGGUUGACGCGUGGGGUGUCUGGCUGGAGGACACAUGCCAACAAAACAGCUACAGGUCUCGACAUCCCGACCUCGACGUAGACACCGUGCAUGGAAUGUUUGCGCUGCACAAGGACGAGCUGUCGAUCGCAGAACUGAUGCGGCCGUAUGACAUGAUUGUCGUCGACGAGGUUGGACAAAACUGCCAGUGUGGAUAUUUGACCGCCUUCUUCGCCUCUGGGACGCUGCUGACAGGUUGCUAUCACCUACCUGAGCGAAAUGCGGCGUUGCAGAUGCAGACAUCUCCGCUGGAAGCUGCAGCUGCUGCGGAGCGCCAUUCCAAGAGGUCCGGCAUUCCGACGGCUGCCGACAUCGCAGCCAUCCUCAGAGAGACGCCUCAGACCACGUUUGUGACAAUAUCUCGCAAAGGCGCAGCCCAUCUGAAUCGACUCGCAGUCCAAAUGCUAUUCGGGGACGCAGAGCCCUUAGGCCAGAUCCCCUGCGAGCCCGACGAUAACCCAGAGAAUUUCUGGGGUCAGAUGCAGGUAGAUGCAGCACCCGCCCAGAUGAUGCUCUACGAAGGCAUGCGGGUGAGGAUUACAAAGAACGCAGACAAAGAGCACGGCUUCGUGAACGGCAUGGGUGCAGUAGUGCAGCGGAUGCGGCGCAGCGGGGUGCAGGUGCGAACCGAUGAAGGUGAGAUUCUCCUCAUCCACCCCAUCACGAGAGACAUUGGCCUGUCUGAUGGCUGCACUCGCAGAGUAACGGCCUUCCCGCAACGUCCCGGCUACAGUACAACCCUGCAUAAAAUCCAAGGCGCUACUCUUCCACACAUUACCAUAUGGAUGGAUGUGCCAUUCGUGCGCGCUGCACUCUACGUGGCUCUUUCACGAGUGAGGCAUGACAGAGAUUGGAGGUUCAUCGGACAAAUCGACAGGCGCCACUGUCUGCCGGCCAACCUUACAUGA